CAAAAUUGGAUGCAAUGAAUUUUCAUAAUUUUAAUAAAUUUACUGCUAAUUGUGAACUUGGCUCAAUUAGAAAGUAGGAAGCAGAUACCCAUAAAUUAUCCUCAAUAUAGUGGUGUCGGUAAAGGUGGUGCCAGGUGGACACAGCUGGCGACAUAUCAGUCUUGAAUAGAUUAACCACCGUACGAAUAAAACAAACUGCUGUCGGUGGCGACGGCGCAAAAGAUACAGAAAUAUAUGUACGUAGAAAAAUAUGACAAAAAAUAAACACAGAUGAAAAUCAGAAAUUUUUUCAGUGAAAAUUGGUUUCUAGUUGUGUACGGAUCAAAAUACACUCAACACUUUUGCUUAUAUUACUAAUUGCAUUGACUUGCUGCAGAAACGGCAUUUAAAUAGAAAAGCAAAAUAUUUUUGCUGAAAAAACUAAACGAAAUUUACAUUAAAACUGUUUUUGUUUAUGAUUAAUGCGGAAUUCGUGUGAAAUUCGAAGUGUUGCAAAAAAUUACUUUAAAAAUUGCACUAAGCAAAUAUAUUAAUUGUGUUGAUUAGUUCAUUGACGUUGAGACAUAACUAUGGCUGAGGUGCGUCGGCGGAAAGGCGACAAUGAGGCUGAUGAUGCUGGAGAGAAAUUAGGGGAGGGAGACAAACGUAAUUCUGCUGCGGACUCAUCUGAUCAUGUCGACUCAGAAGAGGAAAAGUUACCAGAGGAAAAAUUUGUUGACGAGCUAUCAAAAUCCCUCCCUCAGGGAACAGAUAAAACUCCGGAAAUUUUGGACUCAGCUUUGAAAGAUCUUCCCGACAGAUGGAAGAAUUAUGUUAUUCGAGGCAUUUUUACAUGGAUUAUGAUAUGCGGUUUUGCCCUUAUCAUAUAUGGAGGUCCUUUGGCGUUAAUGAUCACGACGCUCCUUGUGCAAGUUAAAUGUUUCCAAGAGAUUAUUUCAAUUGGUUAUCAGGUUUAUCGUAUACAUGGACUUCCCUGGUUUCGCAGUUUGUCCUGGUAUUUUCUGCUGACAUCCAACUACUUCUUCUAUGGUGAAAACUUGGUCGACUAUUUUGGAGUAGUUAUCAACCGUGUGGAAUAUUUGAAGUUUUUGGUGACCUAUCAUCGUUUCCUGUCGUUUGCAUUGUAUUGCAUCGGUUUUGUCUGGUUUGUGCUGUCGCUGGUGAAAAAGUAUUAUAUGAAACAGUUUAGUCUGUUUGCUUGGACACAUGUCUCUCUGCUGAUCGUGGUCACACAGAGUUACUUGAUCAUACAAAAUAUUUUUGAAGGUCUUAUUUGGUUCAUUGUUCCCGUUUCGAUGAUUGUAUGCAACGAUGUAAUGGCGUACAUGUUUGGCUUCUUCUUCGGUCGUACUCCACUAAUCAAAUUAAGCCCGAAGAAGACAUGGGAAGGAUUUAUUGGUGGUGGUUUUGCCACAGUUAUCUUUGGAAUAAUUUUCUCAUAUAUUCUUUGUCAUUAUCAAUAUUUUGUGUGCCCAAUACUCUAUUCAGAGGAACUGGGACGCAUGACAAUGGCUUGUGAGCCAAGUUACUUGUUUACGAAGCAAAAUUACAGCCUCAGUAUGUUUGGCAUUGGCAAGUCUAUCAGUAUGUAUCCAUUUGUUUGGCAUUCAGUUGCAUUAAGUUCUUUCAGUUCGAUAAUUGGGCCUUUUGGAGGCUUCUUUGCUUCCGGUUUCAAGCGGGCAUUCAAGAUAAAGGACUUUGGCGAUAUGAUACCCGGACAUGGUGGAAUUAUGGACCGUUUCGAUUGUCAAUUCCUAAUGGCCACAUUUGUGAAUGUUUAUAUAUCUAGCUUUAUCAGAACACCCGCACCAUCCAAAAUACUGACACAGAUUUACAACUUGAAACCGGAACAACAAUUACAAAUUUACCAAUCACUCAAAGAAAGUCUUGGCGACUUAAUUACUAACUAAUAUAUUUCCCAAAACUAUUAAAUUUAAGCAAAUUAUUUCGACAAAAAAAAA